AUGGGCGUGUGGUUUUCGUCCCUGCUGUCGAUGUUCCGGGACAAGGAGGCGCGGAUCCUCGUCCUCGGGCUCGACAACGCGGGCAAAACCACGAUCCUGUACCGCAUGCAGGUCGGAGAGGUUGUCUCCACCAUCCCAACCAUCGGGUUCAACGUGGAGACCGUGACGUACAAGAACAUCAAGUUCUCGGUGUGGGACCUCGGCGGGCAGACGAGCAUUCGGCCGUAUUGGCGGUGCUAUUACCCAAACACUCAAGCCAUCAUAUUCGUCGUGGAUUCGACGGACGUCGAGCGGCUCCCGACGUCGCGCGAGGAGCUCCACGCGAUCCUGGACGAGGAGGAGCUGCGCAGCGCCCUCAUCCUCGUCCUUGCGAACAAGCAGGACCUGCCGGGGGCGCUGUCGGAUGCGCAGGUGGCGGAGGGGCUCGGGCUCGGGGACGUGCGGAGCCGGGAGUGGGCGAUCUUCAAGACGUCGGCGAUCCGCGGGCAGGGGAUCUUCGAGGGCAUGGACUGGCUCGCGGCGACGCUCAAGAGCCGGUGA